UAUAUAUACACAUAUCGCUUUCUUCGUUUUCAGCUCUUCGAAUCCAUCGUUAAAGGUCAAAUUGUGUCGCUUUAAUGGAGGCAAUCAGAAAACAAGCCUCCCGGUUGAGGGAACAAGUCGCACGCCAACAACAGGCUGUCCUCAAACAGUUUGGUGGCGGGGGAUUUGGAGGUUCAGAGACAGUAAUUACCGAUGAAGCCGAACUCAAACAACAUCAGAAACUUGAGAAGCUUUAUAUCUCAACGCGUAUGGCCAAGCAUUUUCAAAGGGAUAUUGUCCGUAGUGUAGAAGGAUAUAUUUUUACUGGGUCCAAACAAGUUGAAAUAGGAACAAAACUGUCCGAGGAUAGCAAGAAAUAUGGUUCUGAAAAUACCUGUACCAGCGGUAAUACGUUGUCAAAAGCAGCAUUAAGCUUCGGACUUGCUCGUGCUCAAAUGGAGAAGGAACGUGGGAAUCUGUUGAAGGCUCUUGGCACGCAGGUUGCUGAGCCACUAAGAGCUAUGGUAAUGGGAGCUUCUUUGGAGAAUGCGAGACAUCUUGCUCAGCGUUAUGACAGAGUUCGACAAGAAGCCGAAUCACAGGUAAUUGAAGUCUCCAAACGCCAAGCGAGAGUGAAGGAAAUGCCGGUAUAUCACGAGAAUAUCAUGAAAUUGGAAGCCGCGGAAAACAAACUGGAAGAUCUAAAGUCGAACAUGUCAACAUUGGGACAAGAAGCUGCUUCAGCAAUGGCCAAUGUUGAAGUCCAACAACAGAGGUUGACACUUCGGAGACUUAUUGCUAUGGUUGAAGCUGAACGUACAUAUCAUCAACAAGUCCUUCAGAUACUUGAGCAGCUUGGAAGCGAGAUGAUAUCCGAGCAACAAAGAAUUGAAGCACCAAGUGUGGCGGACAACAUGCCGCCACCUCCAUCAUAUGAAGAAGUUAAUGCAUCUCAAACACACAGUGAGUCAACAGACGCGAUGGGAUACUUUUUAGGCGAGGUUAUGUAUCCGUAUAACGGUGAAUCUGACACGGAGCUGAAUCUCUCACUUGGAGACUAUGUAGUUGUGCGAAAGGUGACAGACGGUGGGUGGGCUGAGGGAGAAUGCAAGGGCAAAGCAGGUUGGUUCCCUUUCGCAUACAUCGAAAGAAGGGAACGUGUUCUUGCGAGUAAAGUAGUAUAAGUUUUCUAACACGUCUUCACCUUUGUUUGUUUGGCGUCUGAGAAAAAAAAUUGUGAUUUUUGUGUUAUGUGUGCAGCUUUUCUUCUUGUGAUAUAUAUAAUGUAUGGGACCCUAUGGGUAUCCAGAUAGAAGAGUUUUCGUCGUCCUGUGCCCUUAUUUUUAUGUGAUUUAUAUAGAAUAAAUGC